ACAGAAUAAUGUUUAGCACAAAGGAACAACUUUCAAAGAGAACUGGACCACACGGGAUUGGGCGGUUUAGCUAUUUACAAGCUCUUGUAAUUGAAUUUCAGGAUACAGACAGUCUGGAGAGCAAGCAAGAAGUUUUAGCAAAUUUGGGAAAUUUUGCUUACGACCCAGUGAAUUAUGAGUACAUGAGAACUUUGAAUGUUAUCGACCUUUUCCUUGAUUGCCUGGAUGAAGAUGAUGAGAAGUUAGUGCAAUUUGGUAUUGGAGGACUUUGUAAUCUUUGUUUAGAUAAAAUUAACAAAGAAGAAAUCUUGAAAAACAGUGGAGUUAAACUUGUUAUGAAAUGUCUAUCUAGCCCCAAUGAGGAGACAGUCCUGUCCGCCAUCACCACGCUGAUGUUUCUAGUGACCCCUGUAUCAAGGGCAGAAAUAACAGCCCUACCUAUUGUAGAAUGCAUGUUGAGGUUUUCAGAAUCCACAAACCCAAGGCUGAGUAACCUUGCAAAGGUUUUUCUGGAGGACUAUUGUGACAGAUCACAGAUUGAGGCUGCCAAGCAGGUCCAGGAACGACUGAGUACUUAAAGUUCAUACAGAUCAAAGCCUUCACACCAAAGGAAAUGAAGUGACAGAGCUCCAGAAAUCACAAUGAUACAUCUGACCUUAAUAUUUCUAUGUGAAUAAGGUGCAGGAGGGGAAGUCAUUGUAUAACACAGGAACAGAUAAAAUAUGAACUACUUUUUCAAAAUCGGUGCCUGUUCCUAUAUAUAAAGCAUACUAAGAAUUAUUAAGCUACUAAAUAAGAAGCACAAUUGUUUCUUAGAAAAUGAUACAGAGAUGUUGUGGAUUCUAACAUAAGAUAAUAGAUAUUAUAAACACUUGAAGGUGAACACAAACUAUAGACUGAAGAUGGUAAAUUAUUAGUGGACAGAAGUGGGAUGUGAUUGGAAUCAUUGGAUGUUAUGUUUUUGUGUAACGCGUGCAAAGUUUAUGUAAAAAAAUCCUACCAAAAUUUUAUAAAUAUGUCCAUAGGACAUGAAUGUCCACCGGGUGUAUAAUAGUAAUGCAACAGGAAAAUUUGUAUGAUUUGUAUUAGUGUAUGAAGUUUGAUGAGAAUAUCUUGAAUAGUUUAUGUAAAAUUGAAUUGAAAUUUUAAAAAAAAUGGAAAUAGAUGAUAAAUUUUCACCAAAUUUUGUAUAAGUGCAUAAGCUUACAUAAAAAUAUGUUAAAUGGUUUCUUUAAAACUAAGCAAAAUGCAAACUAAAGAAAAGUGAGGUCAAGGUCACAAGAAAGUGCAAGGUCAAAAGUUUUUGAUACAGUUGAAUAGCUCUCACUAAAACAUAUCAGCAUAUUAAGUUUGAUAAAAAAAAAUAUUGUGAAUGGUUUCUUAAAACUGAGCCAAACAAUAAUUUAAGAAAAGUGAGGUCAAGGUCAGAGGAAAGGUCAAGGUAAAAAAUGU